CAUUACCUAGAGAUGUAUAUACUUAUAUGUGUUCUGGAACACCAGUUGAAGUGUUAUUAAGGAUAUGUACCUCUGAAACACGUUGUUCUUUCUACACGAACUGGAUUAGUCGAGUGAUAAACAACACCGUAUCUCUGAAGAUAACAAAAGCAAUCGUUAAAUUCAUUGAUUCGGAUUUGUGGUUACCGCCUACAUUCACCUUGAAUAUAACUGAUGUACAAAAUUACAUACGAGUGGAUUAUGGUCCAUUAUGUACCUUAAAUGUAGAUGCUACUUGCACACAUUUAAUAUAUACUGUCUACCUAAUGGGAGAGUGCAAUGUGACUUCAGUGAUUAUUUAUAAUUUUCCAAUGGUUUUUAACAUCAGCGGGAUUGCAAGAAACUUUUCUGUCCGUACGAUGACAUUCAUUGUAACACCAAGCUUUCCGAAAUAUACACAAAUAAUAGUUCAAUCCAAAUCGAAUAAUGUAGCAAUGCAACCAGGUGAAAGGAGAAUCAUGUCUAUUGAUUAUAUAUUCCCAUUGAAUUCGAGCUAUUCCAAUUCUUCCAUUAAAAUUAUUGGAACUGAUGUCAAUAGCAGUAGCAAUGAAUCCAUUAUCAGUAUCAUUAAUUUCAAUAUAAGUUUUGGUAGUAAUUUAGCAUCAAUAACUAAGGAUUACUCAUUUAAUUAUUCAUCAAUUUACCAAACUAACCGAAUGGAUCAAUUGAUCAUUUACUUUAAAAAUAUUCGUAAUAUUGGUACGUCAAGUGUACCGCUAAUGCGUAACACGCUUAGUCUUUCAGUGGAAAUUCAAUUGAGUGAUAGUAAAACUGUAGAAAAUGGAACUAUUUGGCCAAUACAAUUCACAGGUCAAUUUAUUACUGUGACAAAUCUUACUAAACUAUUUAUUACUUGUCUUAGAAAUGCUUUGGAAAAACCAUCAAUCAAUGUUAUACCAUCACAGUUGUCAUUAUUCACUCUCACUGACUGUCCUGAUAGAGAUCAAGUUUAUCUUCAAAUUGUAGUCCAAAUGAUGAAUGAUACAGGAUUGGAAUGUGAGAGGCAAUCGAUAAUUCUAUAUCUCAGUCCACAAAUAAGAUCAAUCAGUGUAGUUAAUCAAACAGGUACUAAAAAUAAUGUAACUGUGAAAACGCCAUUGAAUCCAAUAAGUAAAUCAGUUCAAUUCCAA